AUGCAUUUCAAGUUCAGCGUUGGGCAUGACCUGAUGUACGAGGUCAAAGAUGCUCGUGAGAUGGCAGAGGAGCAUGCGUCGCUGCUGACGAAGCACCUCAAGCCCACACAGCGGCUCAGCGUUCUUGAAAGCCGCCGUCAGUCGGGGAGCACCAGCCGGCCGAACAGCGUCGACUCGCUGCGGACGGCGGAUUCAUUGAGGCUGGAUGGCAUCGAGCAGCGUUCUGCUCACCCUGAAUCCUCCGAGGCAGGGCACUUCUCCAAUGUCCACGACGCCUGGGGGCGGGAGCAGAAGGCGGAGUGCAUCGAAGUCCUAGAGGCGAGCCAUGCUACAAUGCAUGGGUUUUGUAGCGUAAAAAAGAUCUAA